AUGGUUUCUGGUUCUGCAAAAGAGGCAAACACACAACGGAAAAAGAAAGGCAAGAAUGACCCAAAGGAUUGUGGUCCUAUAGUGGAAGUAGAUAAUGUAACAUAUGGGCAGCCACACUACACUGACCUGGGGCAUUUAGGGACUAGCACGUACCAAAAUCAAAUUCAGAUGGCAGGUUACUAUCCGGGCUACUAUCCACAUGGAAAUGCUUUUCCAAUUCUCUCCAUGCCUGACGAGAUCAGUGCCGACUACAUGGGGGCAUCUCAGGCGAUCCCGCCAAUGGCUGACGAGCCUAACUACAUGGAGUCCGAUUCUCCACAGACCGAAGCUACUCAAGUAGAAAAUUGUACAGAAGACAGGAUACCUAAGGUUGGUAUGAAAUUCUGCACUGAAGAAGAGGCAUACCAAUUUUACAAUGCCUAUGCUCGAGACAAGGGUUUUAGUAUUCGAAGGAGCAGUUCACAUAAUGUGAAAAACAGCACCACCAUAAAGAAUAGAACCUUCUGUUGUUCUCGUGAAGGUGUUCGGCGUCCUGAUAAAAGAGAAGAAUCUUCCAGCUAUAGUAGACCAGAGACACGAUGUAUGUGUCAAGCUCGCAUGAAGAUAAGUCUCACAGAUGGAUUGUACUGCAUCUAUGAGUUUGAGCCUGAACAUAAUCAUAUUCUUGCUAGUAGCAGUCAAGUUCAUCAUUUAAGAUCUCAAAGAAAAAUAACAGAAGCACAACUCGCGAGUGUAGAAAAUGCUAAAGCAGUCGGCAUUUCAAAUAAAGCUACCUUUGAUCUCAUGGCAAAAGAAGCAGGUGGAGUUGAGAAUCUUGGAUUUACUCGUGAAGAUAUGAAGAAUAAAUUGUAUUCAAAGAGAUCACUACAGACAAACUAUGGGGACACAGGAGGAGUAUUGGAAUAUCUAGAGAAAAAAACAUCAGAGGAUGGGAAGUUUUUCUAUUCCAUUCAGGUUGAUGAGGAUGACUUGAUAACAAAUAUUUUUUGGACAGAUUCUAAAAUGGUUGCAGACUAUGAACUUUUUGGUGAUGUUGUUUGCUUUGACACAACAUACAGAAAAUUAAAUGAUGGACGUCCAUUUGGUUUGCUAGUUGGAGUGAAUAAUCACAAGAAGACAACAAUUUUUGGUGCUGCACUUUUGUAUGAUGAAACUGCAGAGAGUUUUGUUUGGCUUUUCAACACAUUUUUAACUGCUAUGUCAGGGAAAAAGCCAAAAACUAUUUUAACCGAUGAAGAUGCAGCCAUGGCAAAAGCAAUCAAGAUAGUACUACCAGAGACUCAUCACAGAAUUUGUGUUUGGCAUAUGAACCAGAAUGCUUGCAAGCAUCUUGCUGGAGUUGUGGAGGACUAUAAGAAGUUCAAUAAAGAUUUUCAAAACUGUAUUUAUGAUCAAGAGGAGGAGGAGGAAUUUAUAAAUACAUGGAACAAUUUGCUAGACAAGUAUAAGCUACAAAACAAUGAAUGGCUGCAAAGAUUAUUUGAUAAAAGGGAGAAAUGGGCCUUAGCGUAUGGAAGAAAUACCUUUUCUGCUGAUAUGGUUAGCACUCAAAGAAGUGAAAGCAUGAACAAUGAGUUGAAGGGGUACAUUAGUGUCAAAUAUGACAUACUUACCUUUUUCGAGCACUUUGAAAGGUUGGUGGCAGAUAAAAGAAAUGAGGAGGUAAAAUGUGAUUUCAAGGCAACACAAAGUACACCUAAGUUGAAAUCUGAGUUGAGAAUACUAAGGCAUGCAGCAAGAAUUUAUACUCCAACCAUAUUUAAGGUAUUCCAAGAGCAAGUGAUGCAAACACUGAAUUGUGAUCUGUUCUAUUGUGGUGAAAGUAAUGCUGAAAAGGAGUACAAAGUAAAGGUUUAUGGUAGGAGGAAUGAACAUGUCGUGAAGUUUUCUGCAUUGGAAGUUGAAGUAAAGUGUAGCUGCAAAAAGUAUGAAUUUGUUGGAAUCUUAUGCUGUCAUGCGUUGAAGAUACUUGAUAUCAACAAUAUCAAAAAAAUUCCUGAACAUUACAUACUAAAUAGAUGGACAAUUGAUGCAAAAGUAGUUCAUAUAAAGAGCAAUUCUGAGACACAUGAAGAUCCCAAAACAAAGUUAUCAAAACGCAGACAGGAGUUAUGCAGGAUGUACAUUCAUUUAGCUAAUCGAGCUGCAGAAUCUGAUGAAACGUACUUAAUGGCUGUGAAUAAUGCGCAAAAAUUAGCAGAAGAUGUGGAGAAAAGCCUAAAAAUAAGACCUGAUUCAGAUGUUGGUACCUCAUCUCAUCCCGAAGGUUCGCACUCCAGUAUAGCCUGAGUAAUAAUUGUGUGAACACCAUACAUAUGACACCAAACUAAUUAUUAUAUAUUUUGUAGGUACAGAAGAAGAAGAACAAACUAUAAAACCAAAAGGCCUGAAGGUUAAGGAGAAGGAAAUUCAUGGAUCUGCGAGACCUAUUGGUGGUUUUGAGAAGGCAACACAGCAGAAAAAGAAGACCAAAAAAGACCCAAUGGUUUCUGGUUCUGCAAAAGAGGCAAACACACAACGGAAAAAGAAAGGCAAGAAUGACCCAAAGGAUUGUGGUCCUAUAGUGGAAGUAGAUAAUGUAACAUAUGGGCAGCCACACUACACUGACCUGGGGCAUUUAGGGACUAGCACGUACCAAAAUCAAAUUCAGAUGGCAGGUUACUAUCCGGGCUACUAUCCACAUGGAAAUGCUUUUGUGCCUCCGCCUUUCAGUUCAUUCUUUGGGACCCCUAACCAUGGUCAAGAUACACAAGGAAAUGUCACUCAGUCAUUCAAUCCAAAUCCCUAUAAUGUGUUUGCCAAUUUUAAGUGAAGGUCCUAUCCCAUUAGGAGAACCGAUGAGUCAUGUGCUAAACUCUACUUGUUUUUUUUGCUAACUGGUAUAUUUGAUUUGA